UUGACAUUCCGAAGGAUGCCUACUUUUGUCAGCCAGCGCCAGAGCAUAACUAUAGAAAAUAUCCUGUGCAGUUUUGCCAGGAUUUGCCAGAUUUAUUAUAUUGGACGAGAAUACACUUUAAUAGCUGUGAAUUACAGCCUGUGAUCACCUCCAGCUGAUUUAUUGUAUCUGGCUUGAGGGCUGAACUGCUGAUUCAAAUUCUUAUCAUAAGGAUUUUAGCACCUAAAAUGGGGAAAGGUUCGAUUGCUAAUAAUAAGGCGCUAGCCUUUUCUCUCGCUUUGGUUGUUUCGGCUCUCGUGAUGCUAACGGUUACCUUCGCGGUUCUGUACUUCGAAGACAAAUCGACGUCACCGACUGCAGCACCAGGUGAUACUUCAUCACCGGUUUUACCACCGGUAACUGCGCCUUCUACGCCGGUUACCAACUCCACGGUAUCGGUCACGUCAACUACACCGAUAACGAACGCUACCGCGCCGGUAACAGCAUCUUCGGCAGACACUAAUUCCACUUUGCCGGUUACAUCACCAUCACCGGCCACAAACUCAACACCGCCGGCAACCACAUCGACAGAAACGCCCUUUUCCGAAACCGAAUGCGUCAGCGCGGGUUGCUUGAAAGCUGCGAAUGCUCUCCAGCGAUCCAUGAACAGGAGUAUUGACCCGUGCGAUAACUUCUACGAUUUCGCUUGUGGCACAUGGGCGGAGUCCCAUCCCAUGCCAUUAACCGCGAACCAGUGGGAUGCUUUUGGACUUUUAGGCGUCGAUUUGAAUCAAGCUCUGCAUGAACUCCUCGAGCCCAGUCGUGACCCUUUCACGGAAAGCGAAGACCAUAUUGCCCAAAUGAAUGCUACGGAGAAAGCUCAGUUUUAUUAUGGAACGUGCGUUGACGAAGACGCACUGGAAGCGCCGAAGAACUUCGAUUACUACCUACAAUUCCUGCAGGACAUCUUCCCACAAAUUACCAGCUUCCCGUAUCGUGAUAAAGCCACCAUUCCCACCAUGGAACAAAUCGCACAGGCUCUGAUUAACGCCCGCAAAUACGGACAGUCGUUGAACAUCAUCACCGCCGGUAUCAGUCCGGAUACAGAAGACUCCACCAAACCGAUUAUUGUGUUUGUCGCUGGUCAGUACGGACCCGACACGCAGGCGUACCUGAAAAGGUCCAAUAUUACACAUCUAAACCACUACCAAGCGUGGAUGAUGGAUAUGUUGCUGACCUUUACCCGCAAAGCCAAUAUGAGUUUGUCGACGGAAGAGGCGGAGACACUGACUCUCGAGUUCUACGACUAUGAAGCUGCCACUUCCAGGAACAAACUGUCGCCGGUGCAAGCAAAGAAUAAACAAAUCACGACAAAUAAAAUGACCAUGGAGCAGUUCGCCACCGGCGCGACGCAACAUUUGGGACUGCCAACGGACAAAUUGGUUGAGUAUUUUCGCAAUGCGUGGGAUAAUAAGCAAGUCAACGAUCUGGUCAACGCCAGCACGAUUGUCAACGUAAUGGAGCCUGGUUAUUAUCAAGCUGUUAUUAAUUUCUUCGGUAACGCUGCAAAUGAUUCGGACAUGCGAAGACUGUAUGCGAAUUACAUUUCUUUCCAACUUGCCACAUCCUUUACGAGCCGAUUGGGCGAGGAUUUCUCCAAUAUCACACGGCGAUAUUUAGCCGCUGCAGCCGGCAUCACCGAAGCUACCGAGCGAUGGGUGACCUGCAUAACACGAACACAACUGGAGCUACCUGAUCCCGUUGGCCGACUGUAUGUGAUGGAGCAUUUCCAUAAAGACACAAAGAAACGGUUGGAGCAAAAAGUGGACUAUCUAUUCAGCUCGUUGCGAUCGAUUAUCCUGGACUCCAAAUGGAUGACCGCUACAACCCGCUUAGAAGCACUGCGAAAAGCACAGCUUUUUAAAGUCAAUAUUGGGUAUGAUGAUGCCAUUGUCGAUUCACCAGAAGCCCUGGACGAAGGCUACCGAAACUUCAAUGUGUCGAAACAUUCGUACGUUGCCAAUUCCAUAAAUUACCGACGUUUCGUGGCCUUGUCGGAGGGUCAAGCGUUAUUAACGAAAAUGGGUACAACCUCGUGGUUGUUCGGUCCGGCAACCAUCAACGCGUGGUACAUACCAAACUUUGCGUCCAUUACUUUUCCGGCUGCCAUUCUGCAGCCGCCGUUUUUCGGUGACGAUUAUCCUGAUUGGUGGAAUUUCGGAGCAAUCGGGACAGUCAUCGGUCAUGAAAUCACUCACGGCUUCGAUGACAUUGGUAGGUUUUGGUUGAAGCGCUUGGUGGUAGAAACUAGAAAAGUACGUUCACAGUCAAACCACAACAGGUUCGCUUUUGAUGGCUAUGGUAACCUGGUCAACUGGUGGGACAUUGAAUCGCGGAUGAAUUUCGAACAACGAAAGAUGGGGCUGGUCCAACAGUACAACGGCUAUGAGAUGCAAGGCGAGCGAGUCAACGGGACAUUAACUAUCGGAGAAAACAUUGCCGAUAACGGUGCUCUUAAAGAGGCUUUUCAGGCAUACCGUCUAUUUGUGAGCCGAGAGCGGGGUGGGAAAGCAGAGUUGCCCCUUCCAGGAUUGGAUUACAACGCAGAGCAAUUAUUUUUUAUUGCCAAUGCCCAGGCAUGGUGCAGCUCAUACACCGACUUGGGGUUAUAUAUUGACGUCCGGAGAAACCCGCAUGCACCUGGACGGUUCCGAGUCAUCGGACCCAUGCAGAACUAUGACGAAUUCUCAAAGGCUUUCAACUGCUCAGCGGAUUCUUAUAUGAAUCCAGUACAGAAGAAUGGCGUAUGGUAAUGUAAAAAAUAUUGUCAGUCCAUGGUGAAUAUGUCGCAAGGGUUCUUAUGAGGCUUUACGGGAAUGGCGAAAUGCCGUCUUAUUGUUGUCUUUAUAGAAGCGUUACCGGUGCCGGUCUGUUAUUAUGCAGUGUAUACACACAUCAAAACAAAACAACAGUCACCUUUAUGGAAAU